AUGCCGCGCCGGAUACUCGCCAGGUGGUGGCAUGCAGUGCUCCCCUUGCUGCGCCCAUCAAGGUGCUUCUUGGUCACCUGCCUGCUCCGGAGCCAGGGCCACGUGAGUGGAUCACCCGAGUGUCCUCUGCCUGUGCCGCUGGCCCUGUCCUCGGCUGCUGACAGCAGCCGCACACGGCCUGCCCCGAGCAGCACCAAGGUUGUGGCGUUCUGCAGAGUGCACUUCCCGCGAGCCGCAGCUUUGCCUAUACAAGGCCCUGUCUGGUGCGUGAGGUGGCGCCUGCAGAAGCAGGAGAAGGUCUGGUCACAGUGCGAGGAGGUGCCAGUGGAGGAGGUGGUGCCAGUGCUGGAGGAGAAGGAGCGAACCACCAGCUACAAGCCUGUCUUCGUGACGGAGAUCACUGACGAGCUGCACUUCUACGUGCAAGAUGUGGAGACAGGGACCCAGCUGGAGAAGCUGAUGGAGAACAUGAGGAGCGAGAUUGCCAGCCACCCGCCCGUGGAAGGGUCCUACGUGCCGCGCCGCGGGGACUACUGCAUCGCCAAGUUUGUCGAUGGGGAAUGGUACCGGGCCCGCGUGGAGAAGGUGGAGUCGCCAGCCAGGGUGCACAUCUUCUACAUCGACUACGGCAACAAAGAGACCCUGCCCUCCACGCGCCUGGGCACCCUGCCGCCUGCCUUCAGCACCCGUAUCCUGCCCGCUCAGGCCAUCGAGUACAAGUUUGCCUUUAUCCAGGUGCCACAGGAUGACGACGCCCGCGCUGACGCAGUGGACAGCGUGGUGCGGGACAUCCAGAACACCCAGUGCCUGCUGAACGUGGAGCACCUCGGGCCCAGCUGCCCCCAUGUCACCCUGCAGUUCGCCGACUCCAAGGGCGACGUGGGUCUGGGGCUGGUCAAGGAGGGGCUGGUCAUGGUGGAGGCGCGGAAGGAGAAGCAGUUCCAGAAAGUGAUCACUGAGUACCUGAACGCACAGGAGCUGGCCAAGACCAACCGGCUGAACCUGUGGCGUUACGGCGACUUCCGGGCAGACGAUGCGGAUGAAUUCGGCUACAGCCGCUAGGGGAGGCCCCGGGCUCCGGCCCCACCCAGCCACCAUGCCGCCGUCUCUGUUCGUCUCCUCCCCGAGCCCCCAGCCACUGCGUCACCACAGGGCCAGGGCACCGCUCUGGGCCCGCACCGUCCCCCUUUGCCUCAGCUCCACGACCCGGGCAGCGAGCCGCUGGGGGUGGCCCUGUGCCCCGGGGGGGCGAGGGCAGGCGGCUCUUGGCCCCCCCGCCCCAGUCGGACCGAUGGGGGAUCUGCCCUUGCCGCUGUCCCGCGUGGAGCCGGCUCUGGCCUGUAUUUAAAGCUUCGAAGGCCCAAUAAAGUAGUCGAGUGCUGCA